CUCCACAGCUACCCCUUACUGUCAGCACUCAGUGAGUCUACACACUCAUCCAGCAUCAAUAUCCGUCCUCUGAGACACUUUGAGGAUGUGACAGCAGCUGUUUCAGAGCUCAGAGAUAAAAUGCAGGACAUUCUGAGAGACACAUUGACAAACAUCUCACUGAUAAUCACUGAGGAGGAGGUUCUACUGUCAGAACCAGAACCACAAAGGAGAUCUGAAUUCUUAAAAUAUUCAUGUGAAAUCACACUGGAUCCAAACACAGCACACAAUUAUCUGUGUCUAUCAGAAGGGAAUAAGAAAGUAACUAGAGUAGAUGAACAUCAGUCAUAUUAUGGUCACCCAGACAGAUUCACUUAUUACUCUCAGGUCCUGAGUAGAGAGAGUCUGACUGGGCGUCAUUACUGGGAGGUGGAGAGGCGAGGGAGAAUUUAUAUAGCAGUCGCAUACAAGAAUAUAAGCAGGGUAGGAAAAGGGAAUGAAUGUAAAUUUGGAUGUAAUGACAAAUCUUGGGCAUUAUUUUGUUUCCACAAAAGUUAUGAAUUUGGUCACAACAUGUGGACCUCCAUCUCAGGUCCUGUUUCCUCCAGAAUAGGAGUGUACCUGGAUCACUCAGCAGGUAUUCUGUCCUUCUACAGCGUCUCUAAAACCAUGACUCUGCUCCACAGAGUCCAGACCACAUUCACUCAGCCGCUACAUGCUGGAUUUUGGGUUGGAUACGAGAAAGCCUCUGCAGAGCUCUGUAAACCCAAAUAGAGAGAAUCAACAUUUGGUGAGAUUGAUGUAAAUUUAAAUUCUCCAAAACUUAGACAAACUUCAUUGUCAUUUUGUAUACAGAGUCUAUACUUUAUAAAGGUUGUUUUGAUACAUGUUUGUUUAUGUUUAUGCAUUUAGCAGAUGCUUUUAACCAAAGCAACUUACAAAGUAGACACAAUGCUACAGUUACCAUCAAAGUGAAAAUAAGCUCUCUAAAGGAAAAUCUCUAGUCAGAAUCAGUGGUGACAGCAAAGAGAUUGAGGGAAGUGCAGAAAGAGUUGUAGAGGGGUAAAGAGGUAUGGGUAAAAGUCAGGAUAGGAGAAGUUCUUUGAAGACGUGGGUCUUUAGGAGUUCCCUGAAGAUAUACAGGGACCCUGCUGUUCUUUUAGCACUUGGUAGGUCAUUCCACCAUCUUGGAACAACACAUGAAAACAGUCUGGAUUGUCUUAGGGGUAUACAUGGCAUGUGUUUAUUAACCCUUCAUUAGAAUCAAAUGUAUUUUAUAAAUCU